ACGGCGGCCGGAGAAAAUCGUUCAGCGUUCAAACCUCCGAUCCUUUCUCUUUUUCUGUUAGAAGAUUGAAACCCUAGAAUUUGAUUUCGUUUGGGUUUCGAGCUGCGAUUCCUCUUGAUUAGCUGUUGAUGAGCGAUGGCGAUCUUCAAUAAGUUGAGGAAUCUCGAUGCGUACCCUAAGGUCAACGAGGAUUUCUACAGAAGGACGCUCUCGGGGGGCCUUGUUACUAUCUUUUCUUCGAUUCUUAUUGGCUUCUUGUUUUUAUCGGAGCUUCGCCUGUAUCUUUACUCGGGAACUGAGACACAACUGGUAGUAGAUACUUCAAGAGGAGAAAGAUUACGUGUCAAUUUUGAUGUUACCUUUCCAUUGCUUCGUUGUUCUCUUAUAGCUGUUGAUACCAUGGAUAUCAGUGGCGAGCAACAUUAUGAUAUAAGGCAUGACAUACUAAAGAAAAGGUUGGAUAAUCAUGGUAAUGUAAUUGCAUCAAGGCAGGAUGGUGUUGGUGCACCUAAGAUUGAAAAGCCUUUACAGAGGCAUGGUGGACGGCUCGAUCACAAUGAGACUUACUGUGGUUCUUGUUAUGGUGCAGAAGUGGCUGAUGAUGACUGUUGUAACUCAUGUGAAGAAGUUCGUGAAGCAUACCGAAAAAAAGGAUGGGGUCUCUCAAAUCCUGAAUUAAUUGACCAGUGCACAAGGGAGGGCUACUUCAAUCAGAUUAAAGAGGAGGAAGGUGAAGGAUGCAACAUUAAUGGCUUCGUCGAUGUCAGUAAAGUAGCUGGAAAUUUUCACUUUGCCGCUGGAAAAUCUUUGCAUCACAAUCAAGAUCUUAUUUCUGAUUUGUUGGACGUUCAGCUAGGAAACCAUAAUAUAACCCACAAAAUAAACAAGCUAUCCUUUGGAGAAGAGUUUCCAGGUGUCGUCAACCCACUUGAUGGAGCAAAAUGGACACAUCAUACAUCAUCAGGGAUUUACCAGUACUUUAUCAAAGUGGUCCCAACAGUCUACACUGACUUGACAGGAAACAAAAUUCAGUCGAAUCAGUUUUCGGUCACAGAGCACUUCAGAGAUGAUAAUAAUGUUCAUCCUAAGCCCCCUCCUGGGGUAUACUUCAUUUAUGAUUUCUCUCCGAUCAAGGUGAUCUACACGGAAGGAAAAGUGUCAUUCCUACAUUUCCUGACAAAUAUAUGUGCUAUAAUUGGAGGGGUCUUCACAGUUGCCGGAAUCAUCGAUUCCUUCAUCUAUCACGGCCAACGAGCGAUUAAGAAGAAGAUAGACCUGGGAAAGCACCGAUGAUGUUGUAAUGACUCGUGCCCAGUUCGUUCACGUUUAUAUCAUGGAAGCAGCAGCCAAAAGCGGGUCAGCAACGAGAUGAGAUGGGUGGUGGCUUUUGAGAUAGAUGGUGGUGCUGAACGCGGAUCUUGCAAAUUUUGUAUCUAUCAUAACUUAUAAUUGUAACAUUAUUUUGUUAUUGGUAUGUCAUCUUUCACCUACAAAUGUGCAGUUAAUCUCAGUGUUCCCUGAGUUGUUUAUACAAUCAGUUGCUCGGUUUCUGUACUUAUGGUUCGAUUCA